AUGGCAUCAUACGUGUGCGCCCUCCUCCUCCCACCACGUCCAGGCCCCCUGCUGUCCAAAGGCCUGAAGAAUGGAGCUGCAGGUCCAGGAAGCUGGUGCGGGGAUGCUCAGCCUACUGUGGCCAUUCUGGGAUCAGGUGACUUCUCCAAGUGCCUGACCAUUCGCCUGCUGCGCUGUGGCUUCCAUGUGGUGGUGGGUAGCCGCCAUCCCAAAUUGGCAGCCCACUCAUUUCCACAUGUGGUGGAUGUAACGCACCAUGAAGAUGCCGUGGGGAAGGCUAACAUCGUAUUCCUGGCAAUCCGCCGUGAGCACUAUUCUGUUGUGUGGGACCUCAAACACCUACUGGAAGGGAAGAUCCUGGUGGAUGUGAGUAACAAUAAGCGAGCAAACCAGUAUCCAGAGUCCAACGCCGAGUAUCUGGCUUCACUGCUGCCAGACUCUAUCGUGGUCAAAGGCUUCAACGUCAUCUCAGCCUGGGCCAUGCAGCAGAGCUACCCUAAGGAUGCCAGCACACAGGUGUUCAUCUGCAGUGACUCGGUGGAGGCCAGGCAGCAGAUCAUGGAAUUAGCCCGGCAGCUCAACUUCCAGCCGGUGGACAUGGGCACCCUGUCUUCUUCCCGUGAUAUUGAGAACAUGCCUAUCCAGUUGUUCCCUGGCUGGAAGGGCCCUGUUCUUGCUGCCGUGGCCCUCUCCAUCUUCUUUUCUUACUCGUUUAUUCGAGAUAUAAUUCACCCAUAUAUGAAAUACAAGCAGAGUGACUUCUACAAGAUCCCCAUAGAGAUAGUGAAUCGGACACUGCCUGCCGUCGCCAUCACUCUCUUGGCCCUGGUGUACCUUGCAGGACAGUUAGCAGCUGCCCACCAGCUCUACUAUGGCACCAAGUACAAGCAUUUCCCACACUGGCUGGAAAACUGGCUGCAGAGCCGCAAACAGCUGGGCCUCCUCGCUUUUUUCCUGGCUGCUGUUCAUGUCCUCUACAGUGUGUGCCUGCCUCUGAGAAGGUCUGAGAGAUACCUGCUGCUCAACACUGCUUAUCAGCAGGUCCACUCGAACAUGGAAAGCACGUGGAACGAGGAAGAGGUGUGGAGGGUGGAGAUGUACGUUUCCUUUGGGAUCAUGAGUCUGGGGCUGCUGUCUCUGCUGGCUGUCACCUCCAUCCCGUCUGUCCACAGCACGCUCAACUGGAGGGAGUUCGGCUUCAUACAGUCCACUCUGGGGUACAUCGCCCUGCUCAUUGCGACCUUCCACGGGCUGCUGUUUGGCUGGAAACGCGCCUUUGAGGAGGAGGCCUACCGCUUCUACCUGCCGCCCAGCUUCGUCGUGGCCCUGGCGCUCCCGGUGUGCGUCAUCGUUGGGAAGCUGCUGAUCCUGCUCCCCUGCGUUGCCCGCAAGCUCCACCAGAUCCGCAGGGGUCAGGACAGCAGUGAGAUGAGGGGCAAGCGCAUGGAGCCGGUGGGCUCAGCUGCCCACGUUUCCCCUGAGAGGGUCACCGUUAUGUGAUCGGCCUGUUCGUAGCUCCAGGUGAGGAACCGCUGUAGUGACUCUCACUGCGGGACUGUGUCUGAUGACAGCUUCGUGCUGUGGACCUGUUGCUGUAUCCGCUUAUUCAUAUUGUUCCAACGAUGCUGCUUCGUGUUAUUGUGUAGUGUUUAUCAGGACAUCACGUCCCUGCUUUGAGUCGCUGCUGUAACUGAAACUGCAGUUUGUACAGGUCCUGCUCAUCUGUGAGAACAGCUGUUUGCUCUUCUGUGACAUCGCAUCGCGACUGGAGUGUAGCAGAGGCGCUGUCGGUGGGCCCUGCAGCUUUGAUGAUGGAGGACAGCUGCAGCACAUCUGCCUCUCCUCACUGUAACGCUGCACACCUGCGUUUACCUGUGUGUGUCUGCAGUGCGAUCUGAGGCUGUCAUUCACACAUUGUUUUCCUUACAGACCGUGGUAGAAGUGUGUAACAUUUGUGUGUCAGUCAGUGAGACGUGUUCCUGU